ACCUGCACGCCCAAAAACUCAAGGUAGGCCUAUCUAAUACAUAUAUAAACUCAUACAAAGCUGAAAAAAAAACAUCCCAGAUUACACUCUUCCUCGCCCCACUAUCAUGGCAGACAACGCAGUAACAUCUACCGACACUGGCUCUAGCCCUAGAGAACAUAAUGCUGCCGGAGGGCCCAAGGCUAUCAUUAAGAACGUGGAUAUGACUGAAGAGAUGCAGCAAGAGAGCGUUGAGAUCGCCUCUGCUGCUCUCGAGAAAUAUAACAUCGAGAAGGACAUCGCUGCACAGAUCAAGAAAGAAUUCGACAGACGACAUGGCCCCACGUGGCACGUUGUUGUCGGAAAGAACUUUGGCAGCUACGUGACUCAUGAAACCAAGCACUUUAUCUAUUUCUACGUCGGAUCGCUUGCUAUUCUCAUCUGGAAGUCAUGAAACAACUGUAAAUUCACGUUGGAUUGAUCAAUGUGAGUUUUCUUACACUCAAUCGCGUGCCCCUUCCUUUAACUAAAAUGAUUAUAGUACAGACAGACGCGACUCACCAC